CGCAGAAGAGCUGCAGACGCCAGUGUUAUAGCUUAGUUCUGUGCGUGGCUGGACCUGUGUGUGUGUGUGUGUGUGUGUGUGUUUGUGUGCGUGUGCGUGCGUGCGUGUGUGUGCGUGCGUGUGUGUAUAGACUUACUGUGCUCAGUUUAAAGUACUGUGGAGCAGAGGAUUUAAGCCCAAGAGUAUGGUCCAACUGUCCACUUCAGUCUGCCUGCUGGGAAGCCUUUUUGGCCUACUUCUGCUAGUGCCUGUUUUGAUGGCCCUGACACCACCCAGCAUGUGCACUCCCUUGAAGACCCUCAACGACAGCCUCCACCACAGGCGACGGUACAUGAAGCACAACUUCCCUAUCAACUAUACCAUCAGGGUUCAUCAGAAGGAAGUCUUUAAACUGUCAACCAUCAACAGAAUGAGGUUACAGGUGGAGGGGUUGGAAGACUUGGUUCUCCAAAGGUUGUGGUUCCGGGUUAACCAAGGAGUGUUAAAAAAGAUCAUCCGGGUUUUGCCAGAGAGACAUCCUUCGCGACCGUACUCUGCUGAGUUGGAAAGGCGCUUCAGGGAUGCCGAAGGAGUCUUUGUAGGGUUGCAUACCACUGAGGUGUGUGACGACGAUCUUCCAGAGACUAUCGCAGAAAUUUGGGAUCAUUUAACAGAAGAGCCUAACAGAGUGCCAGAGUCCAGCUGGCGAUUUGUUACUCCAAAAUUUCUUCUGGAUAACUUCUGCCACACCAUGCUCUGCCUCUUCAGUGACUGCUUUGACAGCACAGAAGCACACCAGGACUACUGUGGUGUUGCUCAUUGGAGGAAAGGCAGGAAGAAAGACUUACAGCCUGAAAGCUGAGAAGAAGCCAGCUCGGUGAAGUUGUCCCUGUUGAAACUGAAUAGGGAUUAGUAUCAUAAUCUUCCUUGAGCUACAGGGAGAGGGGGAAAAGGACAAUCCACCCUGAAACAAGAGAAUUCAGUCCUGAAAUGUGAACAUCAAUAAGUCUUUUCCCAAAUCUACCAAAGAGAGUCAAGAUUGUCUUGAUGAUAUGCUGAAGACAUAAACCCUGACGCAGCUCCAUCAACAAAAGCAGAAUGAAAUUUUAGUUACAGUAGUUUUGUGGGGAUUUAAUGAGCAUAGUUGGUUCUGCUAAAAUUAAAUACAGCUCAAUCAGCAGUAAAAGCUCCAAGCUCCUCACAUUUUUCAUUAUCUGCCAGUUAAGAAGCCUGAUGUAUUUGUCUCUUGAUGGCAUCUCAGCUUGAUGCUUUGAUACUUUGGUUAGUCUAGUUUUGGAAGACAUUUGUUCAUGUUCACAUACAGUGACUAAAUUGAUGUACAAUCAAUAUAUUGGAUAAAUUCUUUUCUACGGUGGAUUCUUUAAAAAGGAGGGUGCAGCGCAAGCUGCUUUUCCCUCUUCAGCAAAGGGUUAACUUCACCUGGAAUGAUUUGGAGUGUUGCUUUGCCAAAUCUCUGCCCACAAAGCCUGCAAUGUGCUCCCGUGGACCUGCGUGGUUCACCUCAGAGACCAACAAGAAGCAGUAAGAGAGACUACAAACUGGAUUUUUAUGAAGCGACGUCUGCGAGCUAGUUCAGGCAGCCCAGCUUGAGCUGCUGCUCCUCUCACAUGCCAUACUUCCUUCACUGUACCAUAUAUCCAACACACCCUUAUAAUCAUGGCGGUGUAUCUAAGCCGUCAGUGCUGUGCUCAGACUUUGCUGCAUGCCUGCUGCUACAUUGCUCACAUGCUUGCUUUCUGCCAUCGUGGCUGCUGUUCAUAUAGCAUUUCAAAAGUCUCACCUCCACUCCGGCAUCUGCCUGUUGCCUCUGAGUCUAUCUUCCCCUAUCGUCACUCUCCACUCACUGCUGUGUGAGAUCAAUGUUUCCUUGUGGGGAGCGACGGGGUCAGAGCCUAGACGCCAACAUUAAUGCUGUACAUAUUCUACAUUUAAAUAAUAAUCUACUCCAUGUGAGCUGGCUGACUGAAAUUAUAUUGAGAAACUUCAGUAUCCAGCUGACUUUGUACCAUAGCCAGACUUCUAUGAACGCCUCUUUCAGACAUAAGUGAACUAGAGCAAUGUACAUUAACUGAACUUCAAACCUAAAGGCAAACUGAUAACUACUGUUUUCUCUUCCCUCUUCAGUUGUUGGCUAUGCAUUUCUUACUUUACAAGUUUUUUCCAUGUAUUUCUUUCUAAAUGUUUAUCCUGCACAAAGUGUGAGUUGAACCCAGACAAACAGUGAUAUGUACAAUCAUCUCCCUCCGUCCAAGCUAUGCAUUUUUUUUAUAUUUGCUGUUGAUCUGUUAUGAGUUUUAUUUUAUUUUAUUGUUGUUGUUUUUUUUUCACCUGGCAACUAUUGAUGACAUUACAAAUAUGAAGUAAUAUCACAGUCAGCAUUUGUUAACUUUACUAUCGAGGCCCCAAAUCCAGACGCAUUUCCAAACAUCAUAGUUGAAUAGAUAAAUAAUCUGUAAUAAUGUAAUAAUGCUGUGAUAUUUAGCCAGAGGGAAAUACAUUUUGCUAGAAAUGUGCGAAGUUAUAUAUCAUCAGCUACAAAUCUCAGCAUCUAAAGCUGCAAAGAUGAAAUCUGAAACUCAAUGCAAUUCAUGUUUAAAUGCCACGGAAAACAUCACAGCUACACUCAGUGCUUAUUAUAAAUAUUCAUAUCUGUUGCACUUUCAAAUUUUUUUGUUAUACUUUGACAAAUUCUGACUUUUUACCUCAAAGCAAAUCAGUAUUCCCUUUCAUUUUUUUCUGUGUGCCUGUCAGGUUGUGUCAGCGUUACUAACUUCUUAUGACUAUUACUACUACUCUGAGAUGUAUUCAAUUGUUGGUUUUUGAGGGACUAAGGCUAUCUGCUAGAUCUCAUACAGUACUGAGAUGGUACUACACUUAAAUAGAUGCAUUGGGUUGGGAGACUCUUUACAUACACAAUGCAAAUAAUGCAAAUGUUAAAUCUGUGACACCUGAAACUGAAACAUUAGGGCAAGUCGACUUCAUGUUUUUAACGUAAUAUGACCAAAAAAAUGUUUGAAUGGGAUAUACAGGUACACAACAGCACCAAAAAAACG